AUGAUUAAUCUAGAUGAAAAUUCUCGCUUAAUUUUUCUCUAAGAAAUAGAUUAAAACUCCAAUAAUAAACCUUCUUAGAAAUAAAAAAAUAAAAAGAAUGGAAUGAAGGUUGUUUUAGAUAUUUUAAAUAAUUUUCUAUGUGUAUUAGUGUAUUGUUUUGCAUUUGGAAAUCCUAAAGAGCUUGGAUAACCUUUUGACAUUGAUAGUAUCUAAUAAUAAAAUAUGAAGAUUCUCCUUUUGGUGCAGGUACAGGAAAAGAAGAGUAUAAAUUUGCAUAUUUUGUUAAUCCAGAUAAUGAUAGUUCUUAUAUAGAACUUUAUGUCUCCUCAAGUUGA